CCGCCAUUGGCACCCACCAGCUACCAUGUCGUCGCGCCAGCCCAGGUUUAACCAGCAAGCCCUCAUCGACACAACCCCUCUGCCCGACGACAUCCCCAAGGUCCAAGAGCUCGGAGCCAGUUCUGCGCCCCUCCUCAGUGCCUCGUACUUUAUUGGCGCGCGCUGCAAGCCCUUCAACGAUGACUACAUGAUGUGCAAGACCGAGGCCAACGGCCGGGGUGAAUUCGAGUGCAUGAAGGAGGGCCGCAAGGUCACCAGGUGUGCUGCGAGCGUUAUCAAGGACAUCAACGAGAACUGCCUGAGUCAGUUCCGCACCCACUGGCAGUGUCUUGAGAACCACAACCAGCAACUCUGGAACUGCAGGUCGGAAGAGCGCAAGCUGAACAAGUGUGUGUUCGACAAGCUGAAAUUGGAGAAGACGAUACCAGAUACGCCCAAGGGAGAGACACCAGUCCACCUGCGUACCCGCAACAUCUUUGCAUCCCACUAACUGCUGUAUAUGUACCGCUGGGAGCAAGCAAAAGGAAAAAUCAAGAAUACCAAUUCCAACGUAUGGCCGUGACGAUAUACACCAAGAUUUUUUUUGCUUUGUGAAGAGACGAGUAAUUUACCAUGACCAAAUACUACGUCCCAGGCUCGUCCUUA